CAAGAAAAACUCCCUGGGUGUGUGUGUUUUUUUUCCACUGCGGAGAAGCAGCUUCUAUCAAGGAUUUUUUCUCUGCGCAAGAUGAAGUUGGACAGGGGUUGGGUGUGGCGCCUGCUGCUCCUGUCCCUGGCUGUGGCGGCGGUGGCGGCCCAGGAGAAGGAGUCAGAGGUGGACGUGUCAGAUUUGGAUGAAGAUAUGGGCCUGGACGAGGAGGAAAUGAAAGUUCUGAUGGCGGAUGAGGAAGAGGAGGAGGAUGAGGCAACGGUGAUGGACGAAGAGCAUUCCGACGAGAUUGAAAGCGGAAAGGCCGGGACUGACUCUGAAGUGUCCUUUCAGGUAACGUACAAGACUCCUGUCCCCACCGGAGAUGUCUACUUCUCAGAGACGUUUGAUGAUGGAUCGCUGGACAGAUGGCAGAUGUCCAAGACCGUGAAGGGGGAUGCAGAUGAAGAAAUCGCCAAAUAUGAUGGGAAGUGGGCUGUGGAGCAGCUGAAGGAGAACAAGGUUCCAGGAGACCAGGGCCUGGUGCUCAAGUCACGCGCCAAGCACCACGCCAUCUCCGCCAUGCUGAACAAACCUUUCGUCUUCCAGGAUGAACCUCUGGUCGUGCAGUACGAGGUGAAUUUCCAGGAUGGUAUCGACUGUGGUGGAGCUUACAUCAAACUGCUUUCAGACAUUGACGAUCUCACACUGGAGCAAUUCCAUGACCGCACACCCUACACCAUCAUGUUCGGACCCGACAAAUGCGGCGAGGACUACAAGCUGCACUUCAUCUUCCGCCACCUGAACCCUCUGAACAAAGACACAGAAGAGAAGCACGCUAAGAGGGCCGACGUGGACCUCAAGAAGUUCUACACCGACAAGAAGACUCACCUCUACACUUUGGUCCUGAACCCAGACAACAGCUACGAGAUGUUCAUCGACCAGUCCAGCGUGAGCCGCGGCAGCCUGCUGCAUGACAUGGUGCCUCCAGUCAACCCAACCAAAGAGAUAGACGACCCCAAUGACUCCAAGCCAGAAGACUGGGACGAGAGGGCCAAGAUUCCUGAUCCCGAGGCCGUCAAGCCUGAAGACUGGGAUGAGGACGCAGUGGCAAAGAUCGAGGACCCCGACGCGUUAAAGCCAGACGGCUGGCUGGAUGACGAAGCAGAGUUUGUGCCCGACCCGAAUGCGGAGAAACCUGAAGACUGGGAUGAGGAGAUGGACGGAGAAUGGGAAGCCCCGCAAAUUCCAAACCCAGCCUGUGAGACGGCCCCUGGCUGCGGGGAGUGGAAGCGACCCAUGAUCAACAACCCUCAGUACAAGGGCAAGUGGAAAGCCCCACUGGUGGACAAUCCCAACUACCAGGGAGUCUGGAAGCCGCGCAAGAUCGAUAAUCCCGACUAUUUUGAGGACCUCCAACCAUUCAGGAUGACCCCAUUCAAAGCCGUGGGCUUGGAAUUGUGGUCCAUGACCUCGGAUAUCUACUUCGACAACUUCAUUAUCACCUCUCACAAGGAGGUGGCCGACCGCUGGGCCUCCGACAGCUGGGGGCUGAAGAAACUGGUUGCCAGCGCCAACGAGCCGGGGAUUUUCGCUCAGUUGAUGUUGGCAGCAGAGGAGCGGCCGUGGCUCUGGGUGAUCUACAUACUGACAGUGGGGCUGCCUGUAGGACUGGGUGUGCUUUUCUGUUGGCCAAAGAAAUCCGAUGACUACGUUUACAAGAAAGUGGAUCCGCCUCGUCCCGAUGUAGAAGAGGAGGAAGAGGAGGAGGAGGAGGAAGAAGAGGAGGCAGCAGCAACAGACAAGGAAGGCAAAGCAGCCGAGGCUACAGAAGGCACCCCAGCUGCAGCAACAGAGGAAGCUGAGGAGGAGGAGGAGGAAGAGGACAACGGUGCUGAAGCAGGAGGAGACAAUCUAGGAGGGGAUGACGAUGAAGAAGAAGAAGAGGAGGAGGAAGAGGAGGAAGAGGAAGAGGAGGAGGAGGAGGAAGAAGAGGAGGAGAGCAAAGCUCCCGAGAGAACAUUAGCAGAUGAGCCGAAGGAGGGAGGAGACAUGUCCGAAGAGAGCCACAAACAAGCCGUGAGAAAGAGGAGGGUACGGAAAGACUGAAGAGAGGGAACCCUCACCACGCCUACUGUCUCCCAUCCCCCCUCCACAGGGAGGAGGUGGAAGGGCCGUCGUCUCUGCUGCUCCCCCCCUUUCAGAGCGGAACAGCAUGUGUUUCCUCCCAAAAAAAGAAAAAAAAAACACCACCUGGUAGCCUGCAGUCACACUGGCUGCUCCCACCCACGUCUCCUCCAUCCCUCAGCUACACCCAUCACAGGUUCGCAAGUCUUCCCUCCUAUCCCCAACCACAUCCUGUCUGAUUCACCUGUGAGAUGAAUCCCUCUGGAGAUUUUAUGCAUUUAGCUGAUUUAUUUCCAUCCUUCUUUCCCUCUCUCAUCCAUUGCUGUCAAAAUACCCUGAGAAAAAAAAAAGCCCCAUCUCUUUCACCUCAUCUCUGCUGUCAAUCUUCUCUCUGAAUACACGCCACCGUAGAUCUACCGGUCAAGUCUGUCUCCCCCCGAGAGCGAAGGCGGCAGAGAGCGUCCUUGACGCCCGUCGACUCCGCUCGCUCACGCCACAGCAAGCAUAUCAUCAUAGGGGCUCCAUGUCAGAAGUUUAGACUUUUUAUUCUCGUGUCCUUUUUUUUGUUUGUUUGUUUUGUUAAAGAACACAUUUGAGGACACAGUUCGACAAAAGUUCCUUCCUCGAUUUCAAAAUAGUUUGGGUUUUUAUCGAGGAGAGCAGGCCGCAAGGAAAAAAGGCUGCGUUUGAGAUGUUACCGCAGCAUCUGGGACGUUUCAAGCAGGAAAAAAGUCGCCUCAGCUUAGGUUUUAAAUGAUUACCUCUUUAAAGAAAAGAAAAGAAAAAAAAGGAUGUUCUGUUUUAGAUUUUAGGUAGUUUGUAAGCGGUAUCAGUUACAUUUACGUGUGUUUUUUUACUAAGUUAUAGCAAUUUAUGGAUUGAGGAUUAGCACUGAUAACCCUAUUUAUUGAUUUUCUUUUGUUUCAGUUUUGUUUUACGCCAGUAUGAAUAAAGAUUAAAUAAUGCAGUGUUUUGAGUGACUUGAGGCAGUUUUAUUAAAUAAGAUACGCUUACUCUGAGCCCAGGUCCGUAAAGUUUAUGAUCAAAGCACUGACUUUGAACGCCUUGGCCAUCACUUGUCAAUAAGAAGCUGGAUAUUAAAUCUGAAGACUCAGUCAGUAACACAGCAGUGCUUUUCCAGAAUAUCUAGACUAGCUGGAGUUCUGAGCCUAGAUUGUUGCCUGGGGAAGAUGCUAAUUUAUUUCUUGUUUUUUUAUCAUUAUUAUUAUUAUUAUUAUUGUCUGAAGCUUUUGUAGUUCACGUUCUUGCCAAAUGUUGGCAAAUAUCCCUGUUUACAUUUGUUUGCAAAUUGUACAUUGCUCUUUAAAAUAAAACUAUUUAA